AUGCACGCGGUUGGAUUGCACUCGGCCUUGGCUAUCAAGCGUCAGCGAAAGCGUCGAGAUGAGCAGCGUCGCGCUCGAGAGCGUCGCUACAGCAUUCAGUCAGGGGAAAGCGGCUUAACGUCUCCAAGAGCCUCGACGGGUUCCUUGGACCAUCACCCACGACACCACAAGAUGAAUAAUUCCCACCGAGCAGCCGGCCAAAGUAUGGUAGACUCAAAAGUAGUUACUUCAAUUGGGAUGCUUCACAUCGGGGUAGUUUUUGUCGUUCUUGGAGCCUUUCUAUUGGCUAGUGGGCUUCUUCCCGGAGACUUUGCUUCCUGGGGUACCAAAGCCACGGGGGGUUGGUGGAACGAAUUAGUAGCUACUGGUCUCUUUGCUGUAUUCAUUGGCAUCUUCUUGAUCAUAUUAAAUCGUGUGAUUGCACAAAAGGAGGAAAAUGAUCUGGAAGAAUACGUUCAAAGGCAGCUGACAAGGUCAAAGUCAGGUCAUCGUCUUGAAAAAGACCUCGAAACUGGCGGUCUGACAACCAGACACGGUCGUAGAGCGAAGCAAAUGAAAAGUACUACUUCAUCGGAAUCUAUUCGCUCUCAAGAUGAUGAAAAAGGCUCGAUAUCUUUGCCAAGGAGCCCUCCACCUGCUUACUCGCCAACCUCACCAAUCGUUUCAAACGGGGACCACAUCAUUCCGAUUCAAUCAGCUGUAUUUCUUGAGCAGAUUACUGAAGAGGAGACCAUCAGUGACAGAUUUGAAACUUCCACGACGAAUAGCAUCAGCCCAGGAUCUCCCUGCGAAACAAGAGAGCUCAUCCAAGCCAACUCGAAACAUUGCAGACAGAAUGGCACGCACAAUUCUGAACUCAAGGCCAAUGAACAUCUGCCGCUUUACGUACACAUCUCUAGGAUUUAAAUUGAUACGAUGUGUGAUACAUGUUGGCACCUGUAUUUAACUAAGAAAAAAUACGUAUAC